AUGUACGACGUGACCUUGUUUACUGGUAAAGGGCUUGAAUUUAUCUCAGGGAACUUUGCUUCUCUCGCGCCUGAUGGCAAUAAGCUUCUUUCCCUCCAUCUGCCGACUCUCGUUCCGCGCCACGCCAAUUGCGGAUCAUCGAACGGGUCAAAUUCACAGUUGUCAGCAAUUGAUGUGGGGUAUACAGCGAGCAGACGAGGGACAAUUCGGUUGCCAUUAGAGGACGAAUACGACGCGUUGCUGGACUCUGCAGGACAUGAAUACAUUGACGAAGAUGGCGAAGCUACAGAGCACUCCGUGUUCGAGUUCGAGAAAGCAGAAAAGUGGCAGGCGUGGAGCAUCGCCACGCUCUCUGUCCUUGGGUUCGCGGUUUCGCUUGCGCAGGCAGUUGUUGUCACAUGUGCUGGUGCUAGAGGAAGGCAUUUUAUGGCUAUUUCGUGGGUCGGUAUGGUUGGGUGGAUGGCAAUGUGCAUACAACCAGUCUCCCUCCUAACAGAAAGGUCAUGUGUCAAGAGAUACUGGCUCGGUAUCUCCUCUUUCUGGGCAUCUCUAGUUUGUAUCCUAGGUAUAGCAACGCAGACGAUCAUCCUCUGGGGCAACGGGCAUACCGUGACCAUAAACUCGGCGUCCACAAUCCUCCUCUCAACCCAAAUCGCAAUUUCAAGCCUCCGCGCAACAGUAUCAAUUCUGAUCCCUCGUCGCCCAAACGUCUAUUUCGAAGGCCAGGUCGUUGACCAGGAGCUCACCGUGAGCGCGUAUAACCGCUUCACAUACGGUUGGACAACGGACUUGCUCAACUUUGCGUCAAAAAAUAGGAGCUUGAACAUCGACGACCUCCCUAAACUACCGUUUACUGCCCGCGCAGAGACAGUUCAUUUCAAGCUGCAGCAGUUCCAAGCUGGACGGAAACUGUGGGUUGCGCUGAUCAAAAGGCAUGUCCGAGCGCUCAUCGUACAGGGUUUUCUCAGUCUUGUGGUGUGUGUCCUAGGUUUCGGCCCGCAAGUGGCUCUGUAUGAGAUUCUGAAGAGUCUGGAGGAACGCGCUGUCUUGCAGACUGACUCGACGGUUGUCUGGAUGUGGGUUGCUGGACUGGGUUUACUUUUGGCACUCUCGUCAAGCAUAGAGUCAUGGCUUUGGUGGUUGAUCUAUUCGGACCUGUGGAUACCAAUAUACGAAGGUUUGUCCGGGUUAAUCUUUGCAAAAUCGAUGCGGUGCAAAAAUGUAAAUUCCCCGAAGACAAGAGCUGCCCAGGAACAUGGAGGUUGGGAGGACGAGGGUGAGGAGGACGGAGAAGGCGAAGAACAGGAACAAAACUGCCAAAGCAUUAUCAACCUUGCGGCUGUUGACGCAAAGCGCAUCGCCGAUUUCGUCACGUUCAGUUAUCUCAUCCCGUCUUGCGUUUUGAGACUGGCGAUUGCGGGCGGCUUUCUCGUCCGUCUCAUCGGGUGGCCGAGUCUGCUGGCAGGAAUCGGCGGUGCAGUCUUGCUGGCUCCAUUGAACUCAUGGCUGACAAAACGAUACGCUCGGGCACAAGAGGAGUUCAUGAAGUCGAGUGACAAGCGGACCAGCACGGUAACAGAGGUCCUUCAGGGAAUAAGACAAAUCAAGUUUGGUGCGCUAGAGCAGCAAUGGCAAGACCGGAUUAAGGAGAAGCGCGAAACUGAGCUCGAUCUGCUUUGGAAGACCUCCGUGUACACAACAGGAAUGGUGUCUGUUUGGAUCAUGGGACCGCUGUUACUCUCUGCGAUAUCGUUGACAGUUUAUGCAUUAACGAGAGGGGAGCUUUCUCCGUCAGUUGCCUUUACAGCCCUGAGCAUCUUUAGCUCGUUAGAGUCGUCUCUCGCCAGUCUGCCUGAUUUAUUCUCCAAGGCGAUGGAGGCAAAGAUUAGUGCGGAUCGGAUCGAUACCUACCUGUCCUCAGCAGAAAAGAUGUCGAACACUUCUGAUGUUGAGAGAAUCACCUUCAAAGACGCAACCGUUGCAUGGCCAUCUGAGGAUGAGAAUGACUGGGAGACUGACACUGACCGUUUCGCCCUUCGCCAUUUAACCCUUGAGUUCCCUGUUAAGGGUCUAAGUAUGAUUGUUGGUAAGUCUGGCUCUGGCAAGAGCCUUCUUCUCGCCUCGAUACUUGGCGAAUGCGAUAUCCUUGCAGGCUCAGUAAAGGUUCCGCGUGCGCCGCCUCCAUCACAAAGGUUUGACCACCUCGCGCUGCGUGAGAACUGGAUUAUCGACACAGCUAUCGCAUACGUAGCUCAGAGCCCAUGGAUGGAAAAUGCGUCAAUCAAGGAGAAUAUCUUGUUCGGACUGCCGUAUGAUCGGCAGCGAUACCGCCAGACCAUCUUCGCAUCUGGGCUGGAGAAAGAUAUGACGAUGCUCCCGGACGGAGAUCUAACUGAUAUAGGUGCAAAUGGGAUAAAUCUGAGUGGCGGCCAGAGAUGGCGGGUUUCAUUUGCUCGAGCUCUAUACUCUCGCGCCGGAAUCCUAAUCAUGGAUGACAUUUUCAGCGCGCUUGACGCAGAAACAGGCCGGCAUGUCUAUGAACACGCCUUAACUGGAGAACUAGGCCAUAACAGAACAAGAAUCCUGGCGACGCACCAUGUUGGCCUCUGUCUCCCGCGCACAGACUACUGUGUCCUCUUGGAAAACGGCUUCGUCACACACGCAGGGACAGUUGCUGAACUGAAUGCUACCGGAGAGUUAACGAACCUCAUGGGUAAAGCCGAAAUCAGCAGAGAAAGAGCCGAGCCACCUCUUCGAGAGUUGCCGAAACCGAAACGCUCGUCUGCUGCUAGUACUGGACGGCGUUCGUCAGCAUUCAGUGCGCGGACGAUACCGAAGUUUAACCAGGAGGAGAAGCGCGAGACUGGUGCGAUAUCAAUGAAGGUGUAUAUUUCGUAUCUGAAUAGGGGAGGCAAGGUUUGGUGGUGGAUAUUGGCGUUUCUGGCGUAUGCAGCUUUUAUGGCGCUGCUUGUGGGCAGGUCAUGGUGGGUAAGCAUCUGGACCGGCGACUCUACCAGAAAAGGCGAGCCUAGAGCCAGCGGGCACGAUCUGAUGUUCUACCUAACCAUCUACAUCGCCAUUUCCAUGGCUGCCUGUCUAAUUGGAACUCUGAGGUGUCUUGCCCUGGCCCUGGCCUUUAUCUCCUCCUCCCGCGCUCUUUUCAAUGAUCUGCUGGGAACAAUCCUCCGCGCGCCCCUACGCUGGCUCGACACCGUCCCCCUCGGCCGCAUUCUCAACCGCUUCACAUCUGACAUCUACUUGCUCGACUGGCGACUCGGCUACGAUAUCGGACAUGUUUUGUACAAACUGCUCGAGUUAGUGGGUAUAUUGGUUGCAGGAGUAGCCGUCUCCCCUCUUCUUCUGUUCCUUGCUUGCGUCUUGCUGGCCCUCUGCAUGCGCCUCUGUAGCGUGUACCUUGCUGGCGUGCGUGAAAUAAAACGCCUCGAAAGUACAGCCAAGUCUCCCGUGAUGGAAAAAUUCGGCUCCAGCCUCUCUGGCCUCUCUACAAUCCGCGCCUUCAAUAAAGCAGAGACGUAUAUUGCCGACAUGCAUACCCUCAUUACUCGCCACGCACAAGCAUCCUGGUACCUCUGGCUCUUCAAUCGGUGGUUGGGGUUCUGGAUGGCGCUUGUUGGUGCGCUCUUCUCGACACUCACUGCUUCACUGUUGGUUUAUAUGCCCGGUGUCUCGGCCGCACUGGCAGGCUUUGCGAUGAGCUUUGCGCUGCAGUACAACUACGCCGUGGCAAUGGGACUGCGGUUCUAUGCCAAUGUGGAGAUUGAUAUGAAUGCUACCGAGCGUGUGCUGGAGUACGCUAAUAUCGAGACGGAGAGUCAAUCCGGGUACACGCCCCCUGCAUCAUGGCCGACAAAGGGUCGGAUCGAGGUCGAAGACUUGGAAGUCAGCUACGCGCCUGACCUGCCGCCUGUCCUGAAUGGGGUGUCGUUUGUAGUAGAUAAUAACCAGCGCAUCGGGGUCGUGGGACGCACAGGCGCGGGAAAGUCCUCCCUAACACUCGCACUGUUCCGCUUCCUCGAAGCCCGACGCGGCCGGAUUAUGAUGGACGGCCUGGAUAUCGGACAUGUCAAGCUGUCCGAGCUGAGAAGUCGGCUGGCAAUCAUUCCACAGGAUCCUGUCCUCUUCUCGGGGACUAUAAGGUCGAAUCUUGAUCCGUUCGGGGAACAUAGUGACUUGGAACUAUUCAAUGCGCUGGAACGGGUACAUCUGCUGCGGUUUGAGGAUACGUCGACGCUUGCCUCCAGCUCUGCUUCGGCGUCUUGUUCGGGAUCAGAGGCCUAUCCUCCGUCAGAUGGUAGUCGGAGUCCAACUACGACAGCUGGUACAAGCCCAACUGACCCCAUGAGCGCGAGCAUAACUCUCACUGCUUCCUCAACCUCUACUUCAAAAGCCAAAGAAACCGGCUUUUUCGCAUCCCUCUCCUCUCCAGUAACCACGAAUGGCGGCAAUCUAUCUCACGGUCAGCGGCAGCUCCUGUGUUUAGCCCGCGCCAUUCUAACCCGUCCCAAGAUCAUGGUUCUGGAUGAAGCGACUUCCGCGGUGGACAUGGAGACAGACGCAUUGAUUCAGCAAUCCAUCCGCACCGAAUUUGGAAGGUCCGACUCGAGUUUACUGGUUAUUGCACAUAGACUGAGCACGAUUGCGGACUUUGACAAGAUCCUGGUCCUGGAUGCCGGAAGGGUUGUUGAGUCGGGGGCUCCGAGAGAGCUUCUAAAGACUGAAGGUGGUAUGUUUAGGGCCCUGGUUGAAAGAAGUGGGGAGAGAGAAGUUGUUGAGAAGAUUAUUCUGGCUUCUCUGUCCCAGAAUUGCAUGAAAUGA